AUGGCCCUAUUAUCUCAAGAAGAGAAGCAAAGAGAAGUUCAUGCCUCUUCACCUUUUUUCACUAAAUCAGCCUCCAUGAAUGCAUCACAUCAUACUCAGGUUCAUCUGCAAAUUCAACAACAUAAUCAAAGUCAGAAGCAAAAAUUUGAUGGCAAAAGGUUCAUAUGCACUUACUGUAAGAAGCCAGGGCAUCCUGCUAGUAAAUGCUACAGACUUGUAGGUUUCCCUAAGGAUUUUAGGUUUACUAAAAAUAAGAAAUUUUCUGGUAAUACUGUGUACCAACAGGUCAAUGACGUUUCUCCGUCUGUAGAGACCUUCAUCAACAAUUGCACUUCUUGUAACAAUGACAAUGGCCAUCAGCAUCCUUCUCCAGAUUUCCAAUCAUGGAACUCCAACAAUCAUCCGCACAAUAUAUCUCAAGCUCAGUUCAAUCAACUCAUGACUAUGAUGAGUAAUCUACAAACAGAUAGUAAACCUAAUACUCAACCUGGCGAUAAUAAUCAUCAUCCUUAUUCUGGAGGAAAUACUGGUCAGGCAUUCACAGCUACUAAUUUUUCUGGGCCCCUUAAUGAAGAGGCCUCUGGAACUUGGUGAAAUCCACUCUGGGCUAUAUCUUCUACAACAAUUUCCCACUUAUCAAACUUCAAAAGCAGCCAAAACUAUUGCAUCUCAUCCACACAAGAAUUACAGAG